GCCGGCCCCGCUCGGAGGCGGCGGCGCGCCAUGGGGUGGCCGUGGGGCCGGUGGCUGCUGCCGCUCGGGCUGCUGCAGCUGCUGGGCGGCCCGGCCGCCGCUGCGUGCCCCUGCCGGGACCCGCGCCUCUGCCACCCCGUCACGGGCACCGGCGGCUUCGAGGUCUUCGUGUUCGAUGUGGGAACGGAUGCCUGGAAAUCCUACGACUGGUCGAAAGUCACCACGGUGGCAGCUUUCGGGAAGUACGACCCCGAGCUGGUGUGCCAGGCGCACUCCAGAGGCGCCAGGGUGGUCCUGAAAGGUGAUGUACCUCUUAAGGAAAUUGUUGAUCCUGCUAAAAGAGCGGCAUGGAUAUCCCAACAGGUGGACCUUGCAAAAAACCAGUAUAUGGAUGGAAUUAACAUAGAUAUAGAGCAAGAAGUGAAUGAAACCUCCCCCGAGUAUUAUGCAUUAACAGAGCUUGUCAAAGAAACUACAGAUGCUUUUCACAGAGAAAUACCAGGAUCACAGGUAACAUUUGAUGUGGCUUGGUCUCCGGCAUGCAUAGAUAGAAGGUGCUACAACUACACUGGGAUUGCACAUGCCUGUGACUUCUUAUUUGUGAUGUCCUAUGAUGAACAGAGCCAGAUCUGGACAGACUGUAUUGCGAAAGCCAAUGCUCCUUACCUGCAGACUUUAGCUGCUUAUGAAGAGUACAUUACUAUGGGCAUUGAUCCUAAGAAGCUUGUGAUGGGCGUCCCCUGGUAUGGCUACGACUAUGUCUGCCAAAACCUAUCUGAGGAUCAUGUUUGUUCUCUUUCCAAAAUACCUUUCCGUGGGGCUCCUUGCAGUGAUGCUGCAGGGCACCAGGUCCCCUAUGGAGCAAUCAUGAAGCAGGUGAACAGUUCUCUUUCAGGGGUGCUCUGGGAUGAGGUACAGAAGUCUCCAUUUUAUGAAUACAAGGAUUCUCUUGGUCACUUCCACCAAGUAUGGUAUGAUGAUCCCCGCAGCAUCUCUCUAAAAGCAGCAUAUGUGAAGAACCGAGGUCUAAGGGGCAUUGGCAUGUGGAAUGGAAAUAGUCUUGACUAUUCCAGGGAAACUGUAGCAGAACAACAAACUGAAGCCAUGUGGCAAGCCCUGACCCCGGAAGAACUACGUGAACCCUUGAUUUAGAUUGAUGAAAAUUGGUUCAGAUAUUCCGGUAACUAGUUGCCUGCUCCUGUGUCUUAAGACACAGUUCUGAAAUACAGGAUGUAGGAUCCAAUCCUGAACUGAGUAAAAGCAGCUGUAGUUUUAAUAAUUCAUUUGAUAUUUUAGCUAAUACUUUGUUAAAAAACACUAAUUUUUUGUUAAAUCCUAUCUUUAAGAAAACAAAUUGGAUAAUGGGUGGUUUGACUCAAGACAUUUGGAAGUUAGUCCUUUGGAGAGUUGCAUAAUUAUUUUACCUUAUUUUUGAUUUCCCAUGAGCGUUUCACUUCCAGUAAUAAAUACAGCCUUGUCAACUUUU